AGAUUUUUUUAUAAUGCAACACACUUUGAAAGGUAUGUGAACAACGAUGGUCACCGAUUUGACAAAAGUGUUCCGCUCGAACGCACAUAUUGACUUGUCCCUCCCCCGGUCUGGUCUCGAAUCUGCUUCUCGACUUGUUUCCGGAAUUAACGUGAUGUUGCGCCUCUUGGUUUGAAAACUGCGCUACUGAGUUUGAGAAACGCACACACCCACAACAUUGUUUUAUUAGGCCUACACCAUUAUGCAAUUAUGAAAGUACUGUGAACUAAUUAAGAUGUCAUUUCGCCAAAACCUUGGCAGGUUGAAUUGGGUGGGUGUCUUUUAAAUUGUUGUGAAAUUGUGAUGCAUGCUGUAUUUCGCAAUAUUCCGUGGAUUGGAUGGUCACCGGAAUAACUGGAAUUUGAACAAUGAAUCACGCGAUAAAAAAAGUGACCUUUCUCCACGAGCAGAAGGACUAAAAAAUGCUUUCAGUUUUUCACAUUUCUAUAUUGUCGAAAGGAUUCAACUUGGGACAGGUGCCUUCUCCAGCCCACCCCUGUGUUACUGCCUAUAGGGCGAGGAGACGGUUGUGACAAUCGCUUUCACGAUAUGUGAGGCAAAGGUCCGAAGGAGGAACCGGUCAAACUGUUGCUGAAGACAAACUCGUGUUACUAUGGAGACUCGGAGGAACGGAUUAAAAAGAGAAAGUUACGUUCUCUCUGUGGACGUGGGGACAACAUCGAUUAGAUGUCACGUUUACGACAAGGAAGCCCAGAUUCGAGGAUCAUGCAUCACCAAGGUGAAUCUGUUGUAUCCUGAACCGGGCUUGGUCGAGUUGGACCCGGAAGAGCUGUGGAGAGGAUUCGUUAAGGUGGUGAAUGGUGCUGUUCAAGACUCAGGUUUACAGAUGUGUCAGAUGGAGACCCUGGGCAUCUCCACUCAGAGAGGCACCUUCACCACGUGGGACAGGAAAACAGGAGUUCCCUUUCACAACUUCAUCAGCUGGCAGGACUUGAGGGCAGUGGAGCUGGUGAGGUCCUGGAACAACUCCUGCACCAUGAAGGCGAUCCACGGCGUUAUGAUGGUGCUGCACUUCCUGUCCAAAAAUAAGCGCUUUCAGGCGGCCAGCCUCAUAGUCUUCUCCACCCAACACGUCACCUUCCGCCUGGCCUGGGCCCUUCAACACUGGAAACAGUUAGGUCAAGCAGUAGCAGAGGGAAACUGCUGCUUUGGGACAAUAGACACCUGGUUGCUUUAUAAGCUCACAAAAGGAUUGGUCCAUGCCACAGACUACUCUAAUGCCAGUGCCACUGGGAUGUUUGAUUCGUACCAGUUGUGCUGGAGUGAAUUCCUCUGCUGUCUCGUCUCGCUGCCUCUCUCCAUCCUCCCCAAAGUACUGAACACUGGUCACCGCUUUGGCUUGACAGAUCCCUCCAUCUUUGGGGUAUCGAUCCCUAUUAUGUCUGUUAUGGCAGACCAGCAGGCGGCCAUGUUUGGUGAGUGCUGCUUCGACAUCGGGGAUGUGAAGAUCACCAUGGGAACGGGCACCUUCAUGAACAUCAACACUGGGAGCAAGCCACACACGUCUGUGGCCGGUCUCUACCCUGUUGUGGGGUGGAAGAUCGGCCCAGAGGUGGUGUAUCUAGCAGAGGGCAAUGCAGCAGACACUGGCACAGCCAUUAAGUGGGCACAGGAGCUGGAGCUGUUCUCAGAUGUACGGGAGACAGAUGCCAUGGCCAGCAGUGUGGCCAACUCGGACGGUGUGUGCUUCGUUCCCUCGUUUAGUGGCCUGCAGGCUCCUUUAAACGAUCCCAAAGCAUGCGCCUCUUUCAUGGGCCUAAAACCAUCCACAACCAAGAGUCACCUGGUCCGAGCCAUUCUGGAGUCUGUUGCAUUUAGGAACAAGCAGCUCUAUGAGACGAUGCUUAGAGAAACACACAUUCCCAUCAGGAAGAUCAGGGCGGACGGUGGCAUUUGUACCAAUGACUUUGUCAUGCAGCUGACGGCGGACCUGUUUGGCAGGAAGGUCGCUCGGCCAAUCCAACACGAAAUGUCCUGCCUGGGGGCAGCCUUCGUUGCAGGACUGGGAGUUGGCUUCUGGAAGAGUCAGGAGGAGCUGAAGAAACUACAGCGCACUGACCGAGUCUUCCUACCCCGGAAUUUGUACAGAAUGGGUGAUGGGGGCACGGAGGGCGAGUACACACCCAUUCUGCAGAGCUGGGAACAGGCGCUGAAACGCUCCAUGAACUGGUAUGGCAAUCCCUGAGGCUCGUAGGACAGCACCCACCCACAGUUCGGUGGGCGCACAGACGGGACCUCUGGUGCUACUAACCAAAGCCCUGUGCCUGCCUCUGAUGUCUGACCUCUCAAUAGUAUCUCAUUCUCUCUGUCCGGUGGUUGGACAGAUGUGCAAAUAAAGUUUUUUUUUGUUA